AUGAGGCAGAUUUGGCUGUCAAUAACUAUAUGGACGGCUGUCCUGUUCUUGCUUAUAUCUGCAGAACAGCCUCUGUCACCUGAAAUAACUCGGGGCAGAUUCAAACGCAGCAUUGUUCCGAGCAUACCUCGCUCGGACUCAGCUAAGCAUGUUGAAACUUCAUGGCAGUUGAACGACCGUGCCCUCGAUGAUGGAUUACCAGAUGGCGCAUCAGAAAACACGGCCGAAUUGCAAAAGUUCAAGAUUAAGUAUGAAGAAAUACCAUUUAAACUAGACGAAGCAUGGACAAAACUUGAACACACAAAGGGCUUUUCGCUGCGUGGUGAGAAAUGGUUCAGUACAGGCAAGGGAAUUGUCUACCCAGCUGAACUAAUGAAGCAAAACAAAGGCCUCUGGCCGAGAAACUAUGACCCAACAACGGGGAAGCCGAAGCCAUUCCCCGAAGCAGGCCGUGGCUCUGACGAGUUCAAAUCUACCAGUCUGUGGGAGCACGUCAACGGUCAGACCAAGUAUACUACACGGUGGAUGUCAAUGACCAAAAGUGUCCACAAGAGCAUUGAGUUUUCUGCCAACUGGGAAAAUGGAAAGCCGAGCAAAGUACUGACUCAACCCGAGGGCCGGGAUGGCCUGGACCUCAACGUUAUAUGGAAAAUACAAGAUGCGCCUAACGUCGUCGACACCCAUGGGAGUCUUGCGAAUAAAGGCGCCAAUGGGGAGUUUGUGUCAAAUGAAAAAUUCAUACCGAGCGAUUACCUGGACCAGGUUGAAUAUUCAGCGUUUGAGGGCAUUCCAACGGAGCAAAUCAAGGGCUAUUUCCGAACCGAGCUCAUCCUUCGGAACCCAGGUCUUGCCGAGAAGAUUGCAAAUGGAGACGAACCUGAAGGCGUUUUUGUGAAAAACAUUGAUUACAACGACAAGUUUGAUUCAUUAUCGCAUGCUGGCGUCCGACCGGAUCUCGCUGGAUUCCCCCCCGGUGGGAUUAAUCAGGGCACUAUGAAAAACGAAGGGUGGGAGAGACAGCCCUUUGAACUAGAGCCCUGGAAUAAAUUUGACCAAGGCCCGCAGGGAGAAGCCGAGGGCCAGAAGAUACAGCGGCGAGUCCAAUCUCACAAAGACAGGGCCAGGGACUUUGAGGAUAAAAGUGAAAGAGAAAUUCUUGCCAGCGUCUGCAGCACAAAUCUGCGCAAGAGAGCUGGAUCCCUGUGCAAUUCUGACACCUCUGCACCGGCGCCGGGAAACGAUAGGCCUGAGCCGGGAAAGCCAAUUGAAGAGGAAGUAAAGCCAACCGAUCCCAACGGAGAGGAGCUACCCAAAGCUAUCGAUGAUGCUAAGGGAGUAGAGUUGACCCGGAAGACCUCAGAUGACGUCUUCUUGGACCUCUUCAGCUCUCAGAAGAUGGGUGAAAAAGCGGCAAAGUUAGGUGUCAAGGCAGGAGAAGCACGAACGCGGCUAUCAGGCUACGAGCCCAUCACAGCAGAGUCACCAAAAUUGAAACUUUCCGGAUUGAAGCUAGCUGGUGAGGGUGCUGGUGUUGCCCUUUGGGUGACGGGAAUGGUUCAAGCCUUCACUUCGCAUACAACGGGCCUACAACGAGCCGCAGCUGUGACCGCCAUCAUCCCCUUUGUUGGCUGCGGAUUCAGUGCAUUGGCUGAGGCUGACUCCCAGGAGGGAGUCGAUGUUGUCGAUAAGAUGAUGUGUAUCUACGCUGACAUCUUAUUGCUGACUCCUCUUGCCCCCUUUAGCUUUGUCAUCCAGGUCUUUAGGGGUAUCAUGUCAUUAUACAAGCCAAAAGAUUUACCUAAAGCAGAGGAUGUACAGGAUAAUCGCGACAAGAGAUGGGCCAGGUUUCUUGAUGAUCGAGUAUUUACAUACUUUUACUCAGACGACUCGGUGUCUAAAAACAGGGUAUUCCGGGACAAGUUGAACGGUACUCUUUUUGCUGACCAUUUGGGUGUGGUGUCGGAUGCCGCAGACUUUAUUGCCAUUUCCAAUACCAGUGCUCGGGUUGCUUUACAGGCUCAGAAUGCGGACAAGCCCAAAAUUCAGGCCGGGGCUUUAGAUGUCGCCAACCAGAUUACAGCAGAGAUUUCGCCCAUGAUUGUCCGCAGGCAACGCGAGUUUCUGCUCAAGCUACCGCAACUGGUACUGCGUGACACAAAACUCUCUCUUCAGCCCAUCGCCGAGCAGUUUAACAAGGAGCUAAUCGAGCACAUGACCUCUGAGUCCAUGGUUAGGCAAUAUACGCCCUUGGUGCCUGCAAUUGAUGGUCAACCACUAGGAGAUGAGGAAAACCUCAAGGAUCAAACCCGUGGCAGCCUACACGCAAUCGGCGAGCAUCUAAAGAAGAACCCACCGCCCUUGCCUAAACUAUUUGAUAUUGCCUACGUUCUCGGUCAGUCAAAGGGCAUGCUAGAUAUCAACCCACUAUCGCUGAGCCCUGGGGAGUUUAUCAAGUCCCGAGCGCCCGACCUAUCACAAGACGAUGUUGACUUCUACUCACUUCACCACGCGCUACAAAUUUCGCUAUUACUAAGGGGUAAGCUUACUGAAGACAAGCUUUCCAAGCUCUGGCCGUCCGACGACGCAAGCACUGUUCAGCAAUUACAGCUUCUUCUCGCUGUCAAAUUUGGCAAGAUUUACGAUGAGCAAAAAGUUCUGUGGGUGAAAUCCCAAAGUGGUGUGACGGGAAAUUUCCUCGGUGAGAAGGAGGUCCGAUGGAGUACGCACCCAAAUAUCCCUCCUCAUGGCCGUGACGAAGAAUCCAUGGCCUAUCUUGGCUUGAUUCUUGACCUGAGUGAGGAGCGUAUCAAGAAUAUACCUCGGCACAAGGAGGUGAUAGGAUUCAAGGACUUGGGCACCGACGCAAAAUUGAUUACGGCCAUGCUGGAGCACGCAAAGGAGCUUUACAUCAAAAAGCUCGAUGAGGAGGCUGUGGCUAUGCAGGACGACAAAGCCAACGAUGGCGAAAAGCCUAAGAGUGCCUAA